AUGACAGUCAGGAUGUCAUCCACAGAAGACACCUCGGCGCACAAGCGCAACGCCUCGGCAACAAGCGCAGUCCAAACCACACCACCACCCGCAAAACGCCUUCCUCCUCCCACGGCAUCCUCCUCAGUCGCUUCCUUGCCCCCAUCUCGCCGCGAAUUCCCCCACACAAUCGCCCUCGUCCUCUACAGCGACGGCGGCGCCGACGGCGACAUCGCAGCCGCCACGACCGUCAUGGGCGCUUUCGCCGCGCUGGCGGACGCGAAUGCCGAGGUGAGGAGGAUAUCGAGGGAGUACGCGGUCCACGGGGGCGACGGGAUGCCGGAGCCCGCAGCGGACAACGCCGGGAAGGACGUGAAUCCCGCGCGGUGGAAUGGGCCUGAGGGGAACUCGUGCUGGGUCGAGCUUCAUGCCGUGACGCCGAAGAGCAUUGUGCCGAAGAGCGCGUCUGCGUCGCCGCAGCAGAAGCAGGGAGGCGAUCAGCAGCAGAAGAAGCUCUACGACUCUGAUGAGGGGGAGGAUCCUGAUCUUGAUGAUGAGUUGGAUGAGGGCGGUCACUACGACUGA